AUGACCGGCACAAUUGGGAACGAGGCGGAGCACAGGAUGUUUACGCGCUGGAUGCAUUGCGUAUACCAGCAAUACGCCGAUCGGUUGCAGAUCGUGAUGGAGGCGCGCGCGCUGCGCCGCGCGCUGACGAACGCGCGCAAGAACCUCGGCGGCAGCGUCUGCCGCGCGGGCAAGGGCCGGUGCAUCCUGAGCAUCCAGUCGGGCCUGGUUGCCGGCGGCAGUCUGCGCCGCCCCCCCGGCGCGCCGCCUGCCCCCUCGGCCGCGCUUGGCGGCGCGCCCGUGAACGGGCCGGCGCCGCGCAGGCCCACUGCCCCGGCGCCAGAGGAAGAGGGCGGAGAGCCGCAGGGCGCUCGGGGAGACGCGCCGCGCCGCGCGGCAGAAGGACUUGCGCUGGAGCUGAGCAAGGGCCACGCGACAUCUGUCGGCGCAGGGGUGCGGUUGUUGAGCGGGCAGACGGAGCAGCGACGGCAGAAUCUGGCGGAGUUCGCAUUCCUUCUUCGAGGCCAGGUGUUGGCACAUGCUGGCAGAUCACUUUUCGAGGCCGCGGCUGGCCCGCGGGGCAGUCUCCAUGGCCGCUGUUUUGGAGUCCGUCGGCGGGCCGCGGGGCGCCCUCCAGGGCCGGCAGCGUUCAAUUUUGCGCGCGCCCAUUUGGGGCCGCGGAACUCUCCAGGGCAGGCGGGGUGA